UCUGCUGUAUCUUCUUAUUGCCGCUUUUCGUAUCUCCAGGCAAUGCUACGUGAAUCAGGCGGUUCACCGCGACAGCCUCGCGCGUUCAUCAUCACCGCGGGGCUUGAAUUGCCAUUGUCACCUUCUAUCGUUCAAUACGCCAAUCACCCCUAUUAAUACUCGUCACUCUGGUAGUUCUCACUCCUGACAGCUCCGUCUCCCACACUCAGCGUCACUACCUGCUCUUCUCCAUCAAUCCCCCUGACAGCACUCAGCUCAGCGGUCAAGCCGAAUCCGACAUGGUGGCCACGUCAGCAGCAUCACCCGCCAACCCAUUCAUUGACAGAUAUCCCGAGUCUCCUACGCAGCCUAUGAAGACCGUCGACACCGAUGUAUUCUUCAAGAACAAUGACAGUGGUGACUUUAGCUGCGCCAGCAACACGGUAUCUGCCAAGAUCCAAAUCCAACAGACUGUUCUGGGCGAGCCUGAUGUACACUGGGUUCCCAAUUUCAACUGGUCCCCUCCCUCCUCCCACGGCUCUCGCGCAAGUCUGUCCAGCAUGGAUGAUUCGUCAACGGCACCCUCCUCACCUAUUGCUGACAUGGACGACCCUAUCGAGUGGAACAACGGCAACCUCAUGUACCUCCUGAGCAUCCUCAGACCUAGAGAGUUAGAGGCCGAUGUGCUCACCUUCGCUCCACCACUUUUGGCGCUAGAGGACCUCAGAUACCCAUUUCACCUUCAACUCUACAAUAAGAAACGCACAUUGGUCGCCAAAUCAGACACAAUUUGUUCGAACCCAAAUCUCGCCCGCCGCUCAAUUGCUCAUGACCUGAUGUCGGACCACAAAUUCAUCGACGCUACCAUUGGCAAGCUAAACGCUGUCUGGGCCAUUCACAGUAGCUCGGUACCUACAUUGAAGUCGAUGCUGCGCGGAAUGGAAGAGAUGAUGACCGUCACCGACCACGAAUGGCAGCAGCGCAUCUAUCAGCUGAGCGGCGCAGUCGAUGGAGACUGCGUUGGCCAAUGUGUCGACGGAGAGUGCUCCAUAGAGAGUCGUCUGGAGUACUAUCUCCUGUUAAAAGGUAGGGACGCCCUGGAAGAUUCUAUUAGGUGCGUAGGCCAUGUUCUGGGCUUGGACUCCGACGAGGAGAGGGCGAAGCGCGCAGACAUGUUUGCGGAGGCAGGUAGUUUCUUGGGGCGGGCUUUUGAGGAGAUGUUGGCUGGGGCGUAGGGAUAUGUUGGCGUCCGGGUUAUGUUUGGAUGAGCAGAAGCUAAGGUCGAAUGGGACGAGUACCUCCUCGCUCAGAGAUCGGUAGUACGAA